AUGCUGUCCCCUCAGAGGGCUUUGCUCUGCAACCUCAACCACAUCCACCUCCAGCAUGUCUCCCUGGGCCUGCAUUUGUCCCGCCGUCCGGAGCUAAGGGAGGGGCCCUUGAGCACGUCCUUUCCCCCGGGGGACGCAGGGGGCAAGGAGAGCCAGGGCUCCUGCGGCGGGACCCUGGUGGAUGCCAAUUCCAACAGCCCAGCGGUGCCCUGCCGUUGCUGCCAGGAGCACGGGUCGGGCCUAGAAACCGGGCAGGACCCGGCACAGGAGGAAGAGGGGGCCGCCUCUCCCUCGGAUCCGGGAUGCUCCUCCUCUCUCAGCUCCUGCUCAGAUCUUAGCCCCGAUGAGUCCCCCAUUUCGGUCUACUCACGGAACCUCCCUGGUGACCAAAAUGUCCCCCCUCAGCCGAGCAUCCUCCCCCGGGAGCAGGGCUCCCCUCUGGUCUCUACCGGCCCUGGUGCCUGCUCUCCUGACAGCUUCUGCUGUUCUCCUGAUUCCUGCUCUGGAGCCUCUUCCCCACCCGGCUCUGGCCUGGACUCCAACUGCAAUGCCCUGACCACCUGCCAGGACCUCCCUUCCCCAGGCCUGGAGGAGGAGGAGGAGGAGGAGGAGGAGGGUGGGGAGCAGGACCUCCUGACCUCCGAGCUCUCGGAGGCCGAUGAUGGGAAGACCUAUGCUGGGAAAACGGAACCCAGUUGGAAAAUCAACCCCAUUUGGAAAAUUGACACAGAGAAAACUGAAGCUGGCUGGAAAAUCACAGAGAACAAUAACUCUGGUUGGAAAAUCAAUGGGAAUACUAACUCUAGUUGGAAAGCUGAGCCUGGAAAAUUUGACUCCGGUUGGAAAACCAGUGCAGGAACAAUUGAUUCUGGCUUGAAAGCAGACGCGGAGAAAAGGGAUGGAGGAUGGAGGAGUGACGUCAGCGAGGAGCCCGUGCCCCACCGGACCAUCACGUCCUUCCACGAGCUGGCCCAGAAGCGCAAGCGGGGCCCGGGGCUGACCCUGGUGACGCAGGCCAAGAAAGACCGCAGCGACUGGCUUAUCGUCUUCUCGCCCGACAGCGAGCAGCCCCCCACCGGGUCGCUGGGCGGCUCCCCGGCGGCUCCCCGCGAAGUCACCACCUUCAAGGAACUGCGGUCCCGAAGCCGGGCCCCGCCCCCGCCCCUCCCGCCCCGAGACCCCCCAGCCGGCUGGGCCUUGGUCCCGCCCCGGCCCCCACCGCCGCCCGUGCCUCCCCGGAGGAAGAAGAACCGCCCGGGGCUGCAGCCUAUAGCGGAGGGGCAGCCCGGGGAGGGCAGGGAGGUCAGGCCCGGCGAGGAGGCCCCAGCCCCGAAGGAGCCGCAGGAGCCCGGUGCGCAGGCGGGCCUGGAGGUCCGCAGUUCCUGGUCCUUCGCCGGUGUCCCCGGGGCGCAGCGACUGUGGAUGGCAGAAGCCCAGCGUGGGGCCGGCCAGCUGCAGGAGCAGAAGAAAGGUCUCUUGAUAGCCGUCAGCGCCUCCGUGGAUAAAAUCAUCUCGCACUUUGGGGCGGCCCGAAACUUGGUUCAGAAGGCCCAGUUGGGGGAUAGCCGGCUGAGCCCAGAUGUGGGGCACCUGGUGCUGACCACCCUCUGCCCGGCUCUCUAUGCCCUGGUGGCUGACGGGCUGAAGCCUUUCCGAAAGGACCUCAUCACCGGGCAGCGCAGGAGCAACCCCUGGAGCGUGGUGGAGGCAUCGGUGAAGCCAGGCUCCAGCACCCGGUCCUUCGGAACCCUGUACAGCCAGGUCAGCCGGCUGGCCCCGCUGAGCAGCAGCAGGAGCCGCUUCCACGCCUUCAUCCUGGGCCUCCUCAACACCAAGCAGCUGGAACUCUGGUUUUCCAGUCUUCAGGAAGAUGCAGGCCUGCUGUCCCUCCUGUACCUGCCCACUGGAUUCUUCUGUUUGGCCCGGGGUGGCUGCCCCGCCCUGUCCACAGAGCUGCUGCUCCUGCUGCAGCCAUUGUCGGUGCUCACCUUCCACUUGGACCUGUUCUUUGAGCAUCACCACCACCUGCCCCUGGGCCCACCUCAGGCUCCCGCCCCCGCAGCCUCACCGCCAGCCUUGCAGCAGACUGUGCAAGCCAUGCUGGACUGGGGGGGUCGGCUGGCCCAGACCCUUCGUGGGGCUUCUGAGGAGACCCCUCCAGGCACUUCAGCCCCCUCAAGCCCUCCCAAACCAGGCAGCUGGUGGGAGCAGCUGACCCAGGCCUCCCGGGUCUAUGCCUCUGGGGGCACCGAGGGCUUCUCCCUUCGCCGGUGGGGAUCCAGGUGUCACGGGGCUGUGGCUGAGGACACACAGGAGAGAUCGUUGCCCACGGACGCGGCACCAGGCAGAGGCGUGUGGCUGGGAAGACUGUUUGGAGUGCCUGGCGGCCUCACAGAAACGGAAAGUGGAACUCUAAAGUCCAGGAGACCAUCCAGCUGGCUGCCUCCUGCAGUGAACGUACUGACUCUGGUGAAGAGGGUGGCACCCUCUGACACUCCCAGUCCACCCGAGGAGCUUGAGGCCUCAGCACCCAGCGCGGUGCAGACCCAACGGGCAGUCCGUGCUCUCUGUGACCACACCGCUGCAGGACCCGACCAGCUGAGCUUCCAGCGUGGGGAAGUGCUGCGUGUCAUCGCCACUGUGGAUGAGGACUGGCUCCGCUGUGGGCGGGAUGGAACGGAGGGGCUGGUACCUGUGGGGUACACCUCUCUUGUGCUCUAG